AUGGCGCUGGGAGGUGUGCGGGUGCUGGAGAUGGCAGGCCUGGCACCUGGCCCACUCUGUGGUCUCAUCCUGGCCGACUUCGGGGCGGAGGUGGUGCGGGUUGACCGCACUCCUCGGAUGGUGGCCAUCAUGGUCGAUGUCCAGGGCCGUGGGAAGCGCUCGGUGGCAAUGGACCUGAGGCGGCCCGAGGGUGUUGCUGCGUUCAGGCACUUGUGCCAAAAGGUUGACGUCCUCAUCGAGUCCUACCGACCAGGUGUCAUGGAAAAACUGGGUCUUUCUCCAGAUAUCCUCCUUCAGGACAACCCCAAACUCAUCUAUGCUAGGUUAACUGGAUAUGGCCAUGAAGGAAAAUAUGCCAAGUUGGCAGGUCAUGAUAUUAACUAUUCAGCAGUCUCAGGUAUUUUGUCGAAGGUUGGCAGAAAAGAUGAAAAUCCUUAUCCUCCAGGCAAUGUUCUGGCUGAUUUUGCGGGUGGCGGUGUCAUGUGUGCGAUGGGCAUCAUUAUGGCACUCUUUGAACGUACUAAAUCUGGAAAAGGACAAGUCAUUGAUGCAAGUAUGGUAGAAGGUUUAGCAUACUUAAGCUCCUUUUUGUGGAAAUCACAAAACCUGGGUCUUUGGAACAGACCUCGUGGGGAGAACCUGCUGGACAGUGGAGCUCCUUUUUAUGAUACGUAUAAGACUUCAGAUGGGAAAUACAUGGCUGUUGGUGCUCUUGAACCACAAUUUUACAAGCAGUUCAUCAGUGAGGCCAGAGAGAGAGCUGCUGGAUCAAAGCAUGAUGGAACUGUGCCUGGCUGCUCUUCUCCCCUCAGAGGCCAAAGUAAUGGCAGUUGA